AUGCCAAAGCCAAAUUCCACUGAUGUGCCUGAGUUCCUCUUUGAAGGUUUCUCUGCCUUUGGGUGGCAGCACAGGCUUGUCUUCUUUGUUGUCUUUCUAACUUUAUACCUGCUGACUCUCUCUGGCAAUGUGAUCAUCGUGACCAUUAUUCGCCUGGACCGUCGCCUCCAUACACCAAUGUACUUCUUCCUGAGCUUGCUGUCCAUCUCUGAGACCUGCUACACUGUGGCCAUCAUUCCCCAUAUGCUUUCUGGCCUCCUAAAUCCUCUCCAGCCCAUUGCCACCCAAGGCUGUGCCUCUCAGCUCUUCUUCUAUCUCACCUUUGGCAUCAACAACUGCUUCUUGCUCACAGCCAUGGGAUAUGACCGCUAUGUGGCCAUCUGCAACCUUCGGUAUUCGGUCAUCAUAGAUAAGAGGGCCUGUGUCCAGUUGGCAUCUGGGUCACUGGGAAUUGGCCUGGCCAUGGCCAUUGUGCAGGUAACAUCUGUAUUUGGCCUGCCCUUCUGUGAUGGCUUUGUUAUCUCCCACUUCUUCUGUGAUGUGAGACCCUUGCUGAAGCUGGCCUGCACAGACACCACUGUCAAUGAGAUCAUCAAUUUUGUUGUCAGUGUCUGUGUCCUUGUCCUACCCAUGGGCCUGGUCUUUAUUUCCUAUGUCCUUAUCAUCUCCACCAUCCUUAAGAUUGCUUCAGCUGAAGGCCGGAAGAAGGUCUUUGCCACCUGUGCCUCCCACCUCACUGUGGUCAUCAUCCACUAUGGCUGCACCUCCAUCAUCUACCUCAAGCCUAUGUCCCAGAGUUCCCUGGGGCAAGAGAGACUCAUCUCAGUGACCUACACCGUCAUCACUCCCCUGCUAAACCCUGGCGUGUAUAGCCUGAGGAACAAGGUCAAAGAUGCUCUGCAUAGAGCCAUGGAGCAGAAGUCCCUCACCCCUUAA